ACUAGAAGACUUUUUCUGGUCAGCUAUACACAUGCCUCUUUUUUGUUUUUAUAUCGGGAAUCAUGCAGAAGAUAAGCUGCUAAUCUCUUUUUUUUUUCUUUCUCUGAUGCCUUUUAUAACGUUCAUGUCAGCAGACCUUGCCUAUCCUUACUCUGUCUUUAUUGUGGUUUCCUUUCUCUUCCUCAUUUUGUACUGUGCCUCUCUCUCUCUAUCCCCCUUGCUGUCUACAUGUCUUUCAGGCUUAUUUCCAGAUCUUUUCACACACUGAAUACUAAUGACAGAAACCUUGGUGUGAGGCUAUUACGUAUUCCAGCUCCUUUGUAACAAAUUCUGUCGCAGCCGUAGUUCACAGUUUAAAGUAGAUGCUUGCUUCUCACGUGCAGGUCAAAGAACUCUCGGUAGACUUCAGAAAAUAAAGAGAACUGAAUCACAUAGCAGCUCAAUGUAUACAGUAUGGAGCAUUCCUUGGUUCUGUGGUCGCUGUUUGUGUGCAUUAUAAUGACCCAUAAUGCUACUUGCUUCUUUCCAAAUUUCUGGUCAAAGCUUAUAUCAGGGGCUUGGAGGUCUUCUACACAUCAGGAUAUAACAGAAGAAGCAAUUCUCCGUGUCACACUCCAAGCCUUCCAAGAAGUUCCAAACUCACAAGGGCAGAAAAUUGAUCCAGAAGAAUUCAAGGGCAAGAUCUUAGUCUCAGAUGACAUCUUUGCAGCUUACUAUGGGAUGAGGGUCUCCACCAAAAAGUAUCGUCUGGCCAUAAGUGAAGUGGUGAAUGCUAAUGCUGCCAUGGACUUCCUAAAUACCACUCGCAAUGAUGCCAUACAGCACUUUGACUCAGAACAGAUCCAGGCAGCCAAUCAACUGCUCCUGUUCCGCAGGAAAGAGGUCAUUCAGGCAAUAAAAUCUGAGAACUAUGAAGUUGCCAGGACAAAAUUGGGGGAGCUACUUCAUUCACUGCAGGAUUUUUACAGUCACACCAACUGGGUUGAGAUGGGUUACCUGAAGGUGCAUCCUCACUUGCUAUUGCCUGGGAAAGAAGUCAAGGCUGUUGUAGGAGAAUCUGAGCCCACUUGUAGGGAUUGUGAUGGAAUGGAAUGCUGGGACAACGUCUUGGAAAUAAUCAAUAAGAAGAAACUGCUGACCUCUGGUUACUAUGGCAGCCAGCCAGAGAAACCACCAGGGAAGUGCAGUCAUGGUGGAAUCUUUGAUGACAGUCGUAACCAGGGUGCGAAAGGUGGAAUUAACAAAGACAGUACUUCCUCUUUGUUUUCUCCACACUACUAUCUACAUGCAGAAGCAGCAGAACUUGCAGAGAGGGCUACAGUCAAGUUCCUGCAGGAGCUCCGGGAGGCUGUGAGCAACAAACUGUUCAUGAGGUUAUUUAACAUCGGGUCUGGUGCUGGCCUUAGCUUUGUGAUUGACACAACAGGCAGCAUGUUUGAAGAGAUCCAAGCUGCUAAGGAACGAGCCCAUGACAUCAUUGAGAAGCGACAUGGCACUCUUGAUGAACCAGAGUAUUACCUGUUGGUGCCCUUUCAUGAUCCAGACUUUGGUCCAGUCACAAAAACUCGAGAUCCAGAAGAAUUCUUCAGGAAGCUCUCUGAUUUAUAUGCAAUAGGCGGAGGUGAUGAACCAGAAAUGUGUUUCUCAGCAAUACAGAUGGCACUCCUUAACAGCCCGCCACUCUCAGACAUCUUUGUGUUCACGGACGCUUCUGCAAAAGACAUGCACCUGAAGAACACGUUGGAAUCACUGCUCCACGAAAGGAGAUCUCGAGUUACAUUUUUACUAACUGAGGACCCUCUGAGGAAAGGCCGUGGGCGCCGGGAAGUUCUGCAUCCAGAUAGAUUCCAGCCUUAUGAGAGCAUUGCUGAGGCAUCCGGUGGGCAGGUUGUUUUUACUAGCAAUGAAGGAAUACAGCAGGUCUCAACCAUUAUAGAGGAUGUAACAGCCAGUUCCAUGGUGACGCUUUAUCAGAAACUAGGCCAUUUACAUGGGAAGCGUAUUCAUCACUUUUAUGUUGACAACAUUGUUGAAAAUAUUACAGUGCAAGUUGCUGGACAGGUUACUUCUGUUGUCAUCCUUGACCCAGCAGACAGAGUUCAGUAUCAAGACAUACUGGAUGCACAAAUACAGCCACAAAGAAGUGCAGGCAGUUUUUUCAGAACACAGUUGCCUCCACAAACUGCUGCAGGACGGUGGUCAAUAGAACUUCAUACACUUGGAAAAUACACAGUGCACGUUCGAGGUCACAGCCAGUUGGACUUCCUGUAUCACUUUGCUGUGCCUUCUCAUGGUACUCACCCUGGGCUCUCCAAGAUUGAUGGAAAGCCAAUGAGAGGUGUCCCAACAACACUAGUCCUUUCUGUUACUGGAAUACCUCAUGACAGUGCAGCUCUGAUUGAGGAAGUCUCUCUACAAGGUGUCCAUGGCGAAUCAUUGGCUACACUAAGUUUGGAGCCAACCAAUCACAGUGGAGAGUUUGUUGUAGAGGUGCCUUCCCUGCCAGAUCAAGCCUUCUCUGUUCUGCUAAGAGGGAAGGAUGAAGAGGGCAAUAUCCUACAGCGGGUGUCAACUGAAUUAAAUUCCAUAGCUGAGGUAAUGGUUGAGGUAUCAACUCCAAAUCCAUUGUAUCCUAACCAGAACUGCACUUUGUUUUUCCUAAUUACAAACCUUGGCAUGAAAGAUAAUUACAAAAUCCAUGUAACAGAUGACCAAAGCUUCUUGCAGCAUGUGAAUAUCUCAAGAGCACAUCUCAACACAAAUGAAUCAGUGAAAGGGGAAAUAAUACUCCUACCUCCAGCACACAUAAAGACAGGAUCUGUUGUUACUGUCACAUUGGUAGUCGAAUCUGCAAAGACGAAGAACUUUAACUUUGCUGUCAAACAGUUAUCUGUAGCUGAUCAGAAAUGGGACAGUGACCCCCCAGUCUGCUCUGCCAUUCAGAUGAACCAGAAAUGCACAUCAUUGGCAAGCAAAUGCCAGUGGGAUACUUGGACGGUCUCUUUCCACAUUUUGGAAGUGGGCUCUGGGAUUGCCCGUGUGUUGCAGAAGAACGGCAAUGCCAGCAUAACUUUCACUGAGUCUAAUGGUAUCGCAGUGGCACUUUUCACUUCAGACUGUUGCUCUCUGCAGGCAGAACUGUACAUUGAGGACAAGGCUGGGAACCUUGGGAACUGUCACUUCUCCACUUCACCCACCUCCAGAUCAACAAGAAUUUUUAUGUGGAAAAUCACCAUCUUGGCACUUCAGAUGAUUUUGUAUAUUUUAUAAAAUAGACAGUAUUUCCAUUUUUACAUUUUGCAGAUGUAAAGUAAUUUUUACACAGCUUUGCAACAAAUUGAAGUAAGAAUUUCAUGGAGUUGGAAGCAUACUAUUUUUUGGGUAGAAAGUGAAUGUUUUAUGUUUAUAUUGUUGUCAUAGUAAUUUAAUAAUUUUUUUUUGUAAAUUUAAGUAAUAAUGUCAUAGAGUGUGAUCUAACCUCCUUGUCAAUACACUAACGAAGCAUGCAGCUUAUUCAUGCAUGCAUACAUUACUAUUGGGUUAUUUUGUUGGUAAGGAUGCCUUUCUCCCUUGAAAACAUUCUUGGAAAUGCAGCGUCCUUCUACAACAUGAUAAUGGACUGAAACAACACUUCACUAUAGCAACUGUAGACUCCUACUUCAUGUAAGGGCAUGUUGUCAGCAUGUUGUCAGCUAGGCAGAACACAUUAGAAAAUGAAGAACCUGUAGAACUGCAGUCACCAAGGUAAAAAAAUGUCUGCUCUAUGGGAAAGGCAACUUACUUUUGGUUACCCAGAAUGCCAUGCUGUUUUAAGUAAACAAUUGCCUGAAGCUCUCCAUUGCAUCAUUUAGUGAAUGGGGCCAUAUAGAAAAAAAAACAAAUAGUCAAGUGAAAUUAAACAGCAAAUAUAAAAAAAUAGAUUGGCUUGCUGGGUGGUUACUUCAGUGUUGAGUUGUGGAUGAGCAGAAGGAAUCCUGGCAUUUGUUACAUAUUCAUAGUGCUUUAUAGAAAUGUUAAUAUAGCAAUUACAUCAAAAACAAUUUAAAGCAAACUUUUACAAAGAAUUAAUAAAAAUGUAAAAUUUGACUUGAAUGAUACUAAACCUAAUGAAACAGUGCAGCACUUUCUUCAGAUAUGCUUCAUUUCUUGACCCCAAGAAUAGCACUGAGCAGGAAGGUGAGAUCAGAAAACUUGAUGGGCACCCAUUCCCUCCCAAAUCCCCACUUCAAGAUCUUAAACCUAACAGACAGGGAGCUUACAGAAGAUGAGGAAUUAGUCCUAGCAAAUGGCUUUAUACUUUUUCCAAGGAAAAGAGAGAACCCAGGUUCAGCUAUGUGCAACCUUAACAAUAAUGUUAACCUUAAAAGACUCAAUCACCAAUGUAAAUAAUUUUAAUAAAGAUAGCAGUUACACUCCAGAACCAAUAUUAGCUUUGUGUUUUUGUUUCUGAUCUUCUUGAAUACCAGUUCAACCAGAAUUUACUUUGUAUAUGAUUUUUACAAGUAAACCGCAUCUAAGGUCUAUCCAUAUUAUUUUUGAAGACUGAGUAAAAUGAAUUCAGAUCUACUAAUCAAAAUCUUCUCCAUAUUCCUAAAGCCAUCUAAGGAUAUGAGACAAGGUACUUAGCCACUUCCUACUAGCUAAUUGGCAUGAACUCCUUUGUUUAGAGUUUUAGACAAUAAUGCUGAAAUAUGCUUAAGAACCUCUAUCUUAAACAUACCCAGUGUCAAUAAUGAAUGUAGUCAGAGUAAUGUCUUUCCUCCUAAUUUUAUGCUUUGUAAAUUGUUUCAUAUCACUUUUCUGAGCAACUCAGUGAAAUUGUUUCUAGCGCUAUCUGUUUACUUACACUGAUGCAGAUUUCAUUGACUAACAGUGUGUAUAAUUAAGUUUUUAACCACUAAUUAUUAUUACUGCAUACGUUGAUGCCUGUUUAUUUUACACUGAUUUCUUGACACUGUAAUAUACCCAAGUGUAUGUAACAUAGUUACAACAUACAGUGCAUUUAUGUCAGUCAUGUUCCAUUUAUAUGAAUAUAAACGUCGACAACAAUUGGGGUUAUUCAGAGAAAAGAUCUCCAUAGCUCUGCUUGUACUUCACUAGUGAGCUCUAGUAUCACUAUGGUGAUAAUAAGCAAUUCAGAGAGAAGAUAAACAGUUGUAUCGAUCAAAAGCUCAGUAGUGAUUCAUUUGCAUGUUUAUAAAUUGCUUACUACAGCUGUUCCAACUGCAUUGUGUUUCCGCAGUAUAGACACCUACAGACACACAUAUAUACAUCCUGCUUCACAACACCAGAAAAAACAUAACCCCAUAUUGUCUCACUCAAGCUGAGACACUCUUCUCCAAACUUUGCCCCCCAGGUCUCCUCUAUGCAUAUCCCCGAGCACUAACCUUGGUGUCUGCAAAUUAAAAAAUAAAAUAAAAUAAAAUAAUAAUGAAACAUCAUUGUUGUGCACCAUACUCCCCCUGCUAAUUAUGCACAUUAAUUCUAAGAUUGCACAAUGUUAGGGAAAGGGCAUAUUCCCUAACCCAGAGAAAUGUGCGAUCUCAUAGCACACCUGUCAACCAUUUGUUUAGUCAACCAAAACAUUUGAUUCCCAUAUACAUAUAUAUAUAUAUAUAUAUAUAUAUAUAUAUAUAUAUAUAUAUA